AUGGUGUGGGGCGUCGCCUACGCCGCGGGUACGCUGCAAGAUUACCACGAGCACGAUCCUGCCUCGCCCUUCUACGGCAGCAGCGUCACGGCGCUCAGCUCGGUGGGGACGCUGGUCAUCGCCUGCCAGCACCUCGUCCCCCUCCUCACCUACGGCUUUAUAUCGGCGCGCCCUCACCUCGUCAAACCCGUGGCCCUCGCGUGCGUCGUCGCCAGCGCCCUCUGCCUCGUCGUCGCCAGCUUCGCCACCAGCAUCGGCCUCCUCAUCCUCUUCCAGGGCGUCCUGUUCGGCCUGGUCGGCGGCUUCCUCUUCAUUCCCGUCAUCAUGUGGCUGCCUCAGUGGUUCGACCGCCGCCGCGGCCUCGCCACGGGCAUGUUCCUCUGCGGCAGCGGCAUCGGCGGCAUCGUCUUCCCCCUCGUCUUCAACGCCCUCCUCACCCGCACCGGCUUCCGCUGGACCCUAAGGAUCUGGGCACUCCUCCAUCUGGUCCUCGCCGGCGCUGCCGUCUCCCUCAUCCGACCGAGGAUCCAGCCGGCGCGCAGCAAGGGCCCUCUGCGGCUGCGCUGCCUGCUGCCUCCCAGCGUCCGCUUCGUCCUCGACCGCCGCUUCAUCUUCUUCGUCGCCAUCAUCUUCUUCCAGUCUUUCGGGUGGUACUCAGCUUCGCUCUACAUCUCGCCCUACACGUCCUCGCACGGCCUGGGCUCCGGAUCAGCGACGGCGGUGCUGGCCACCUUCAACGCGUUGGCCACGGUGGGCUACCUGGCGACGGGCAGCGUCGUGGACCGCAUCGCCUACCCGCUCGUCAUCGCCGUCUCGAUGGCAGUGUGCGGGCUGGCCGCAGUGCUGGUGCUCGGAUUUGCCGAGUCCCUCGCCCUCAUCAUGGUGUUUGCCAUCAUCUUUGGCUUUGCCGGCGGCGGCUUCAGCUGCCACAUCACGCCCAUGUCGCGCUCCCUCUCGGAGCGGCGCAGCGUGCCCUUCACGCUGGCCUUUUUCACCAUCAUGGCCUUUCGCGCCGUCGCCGUCGUGGCGGGACCGCUGAUCGCCUCGGCGCUGUAUCCGGGCGACGACGCCUUUGUCGGGCAAGCGGGAAAACGGACGGGGUCAGUGGGAUACGGACGAGGCGGCUACGUUGGCAUGGUCGUCUUCAUCGGGAUAGCCUCGUUCCUCACGGCCGCGUCGGCACUGCUGCUCUUCUGGCAGGAGCGCAGGGACAGAAGGCAGGUGGCGCCCAUAAAGGGGACAGAGACGCCGAGCUCGACAUCCAGUUGUCGACGAUGA